CUGAUGGUGUCGUGGUUUAAUGUUCUGUGAUUGAGAGGCUGCUUUUCACUUAGAAACACAUUUUUGCUGCAAAGAUGAGCUCCGGAGGAGGAACCCCAUAUAUUGGCAGUCAAAUAAGUUUGAUAUCCAAAGCGCAUAUACGGUAUGAGGGGAUAUUGUCUUCUGUCGACACUGAUCGGUCCACGGUUGCGCUAGCCAAAGUUAGAUCCUAUGGGACAGAGGACCGGCGCGCAGAUAGACCAGUGCCACCCAAAGAUGAAAUGUAUGAAUACAUAAUCUUCAGAGGAAGUGACAUUAAAGAUAUCACUGUGUCCGAGCCUCCAAAACAACACCAUGGACUGCCUCGGGACCCUGCUAUUGUACAGUCAUCCAUGGGCAGCUCUUUGGCUGUGUAUCAUCCCAGGUGGAGUUCAUACAGAGACAUGAUGCCCACCUACAACCAGCUGGCUGCUACGUCUCUACUGAACCAGCAGUACAGUGCAGCACUAGGCCUAGGACUCCAUGGCAUCCCAGCCAGAAGAGCUCCCAUGGUGGAGCAGGCUGUUCAGACCGUGCCUUUGGAUGGGGCGGCCCAGAAAAAAGGAAAGGCUUCUACCCAGCCACAGGACAAACAGCCUGUUCGACCAACACAGCGCUCUGCCGAGGUUCAGAAGGAGAACGUACCCACCAGUCGGACACCAUCUCAGCCAAGUGCAGCCAAGGUUGAAGACCAAGUUGCUGAGAACCAGAAACAAAGGCAAAAACAAGGCAACCGGAGGUCUAGGAACCGAAGCAGAGGCCAACUUCUGGUGAAAAACUCGAAGGCCACCACCUUGCAGUUUGAUUCUGAUUUUGAUUUUGAAACUGCAAAUGCUCAGUUUAAAGAUGAUCUCAAGAAGGAUGUUGUGGUCGAAAAGGUGGAUGCCGAGGAUAACCUGGAUGUGCAGGAGGAAGAGGACACUCAAGGAGAAAAGUACUACGACAAAGCCAAAUGCUUCUUUGACAACAUCUCUUCAGACCUUAAGCCCAGGAGAACCACCUGGGCGGAGGAGAAGAAAAUGAACAUAGAAACAUUUGGAGUUCCAGGCCGCUUACUGAGAGGCAGAGGAGGCAGAGGACGCAGAGGACGCAGCGGGCAGAGCACCACUAAGCAGAGACCCCUCCCAAAAGUUGGCAGUGGGAGGUUGUAAAUGCGUUUCGUUUUUCCUUUUGUUAACAUUUACUGUAAAUAUUGUAGUUUUCUACUUAUUUAAAAAGUACCUCCCUUUUUCCUCUAUUUGAAACUAAGAUUUAUUUUCUUAAUCCCAAAUGAGCAUUCAGGGAAUUUUGUAAUUUAAAGUUUUAUUAUAUGAAAUGGGAGCAAUUUAUUUUUACACAGCAGCUACAUGCUAGAAGCAAAUGUAUUAAUUGUUAGGUAGUCUGGUAGAAUGCAAUGUGGAAUUGUCUUUUCAGCAGGCACAUAAUUUGGUUUUUGAUUUCUGUCUACUUGACUGACCAAAUGUAACUCCAAAUGUAUUUUUGGAGAACAGCUGUACUUUAUUUUCAUCCUGUAAAAAGAAAACUGUGGAGGACUUUGUAACAGUUGCUAAUAAAUAACAUAUGAUUAACA